AUGAAAGGGGAGGCAGCACGUCUGGUGCUGAGCGCGCUGUUGCUUUGCCUGGCCGCUCGGGGCAGCCCGCGGCAGCUGCAAGAAGAGGAAGAGCUAGUGGUGCCCGUGAGGCUGGAUUCCGUCGUCGGGCAACAACAGCAGCAGCAACCGGGUGGCGCCGACGGGCGGCUCUACCGCCUGGACGCCUUUGGCGAGCGCCUCAGCUUGGAGCUGCAGCCCGACAGCAGCUUUUUGGCGCCGGACCUGACGCUGCAGUACGUGGGCAGCCGCCCGCAGAACGAGGUGGCGGCAUCCGAGCACCCUGUCGGCGCAGACUUGGCCAGCUGCUUCUACUCCGGCACAGUGAACGGGGACCUGGACUCUGCUGUCGCCCUCAGCCUCUGCGGAGGGAUGCGCGGGGCUUUCUACCUGCGCGGGGUAGAGUACCUCAUCCAGCCGGCCAACGUCUCCCACCCCCAAGGCGAACAGCUCCAUGUCCUGCAGCGGCGCCUGCGAAAGAGUGCCCGCCAGGGCGGCGACGCUAAGUGCGGGGUGACAGACGACAGCUACCCCGCAGGCGCAGAAGGGCAGCAGGAGCAGCCGCAAGAGCAGGUGGAGCACGUGUCGCGCGCAGGCAAUAGAAGUGCAAGAAGGAAAAGGUUUGUGUCAAGGCCUCGCUAUGUGGAAACCUUGCUUGUAGCAGACCAAUCUAUGGCAGAGUUCCAUGGUAAUGGACUGAAGCACUACCUCCUUACGCUCAUGUCUGUGGCCGCCAAAUUGUACAAGCAUCCCAGCAUCCGGAACUCCAUUAGCCUGGUGGUGGUGAAAAUCAUGGUCAUCUAUGAUGAGCAGAAGGGACCUGAUGUAUCUUCAAAUGCUGCUCUCACCUUAAGGAACUUCUGCAACUGGCAAAAGCAACACAAUCCUCCCAGUGACGGCCAUGCUGAGCACUACGACACUGCAAUUCUUUUUACUAGACAGGAUCUCUGUGGUGCCAAGUCAUGUGAUACUCUUGGGAUGGCUGAUGUGGGAACUGCUUGUGAUCCAAACCGCAGUUGCUCUGUCAUAGAAGAUGAUGGCUUGCAAGCUGCUUUUACAACCACUCAUGAAUUAGGUCAUGUGUUUAAUAUGCCCCAUGAUGAUGCAAAGCAAUGUGCUGGCAUUAAUGGUAUAGGCAGAGACUCCCAUAUGAUGGCAUCUAUGCUUUCCAACUUGGAUCGAAGCCAACCCUGGUCUCCAUGCAGUGCUUACAUGAUUACUACAUUUUUGGAUAAUGGUCAUGGUGAGUGUUUGGUGGACAAGCCUCACAAGCCUAUCCAACUCCCUUUUGACCUACCCGGAACAGUGUAUGAUGCUAACCGGCAGUGCCAGUUCACAUUUGGAGAAGAUUCCAAGCAUUGCCCAGAUGCAGCCAGUACCUGUACAACUUUGUGGUGCACUGGCACUUCUGGAGGGUUGCUUGUGUGUCAAACCAAACAUUUCCCUUGGGCCGAUGGCACCACAUGUGGAGAGGGAAAGUGGUGCGUGAAUGGCAAGUGUGUGAACAAAACAGACAAGAAGCAUUAUGAUACCCCUGUCCAUGGCGGCUGGGGUGCAUGGGGACCCUGGGGCGAGUGUUCCAGGACGUGUGGCGGAGGAGUCCAGUACUCUCUGAGAGAGUGUGACAGUCCAGUUCCAGAGAAUGGAGGGAAAUACUGUGAAGGCAAGCGGGUGCAGUACAGGUCCUGUAAUAUUGAAGACUGCCCAGACUACAGUGGCAAAACCUUCAGGGAGGAACAGUGUGAGAGUCACAAUGAUAUUUCCAAAUCACCUUUUGGAACUGGGCCUGCAGUGGAAUGGAUACCCAAGUUCGCUGGAGUCUCUCCCAAAGACAGAUGCAAGCUUGUCUGCCUUGCAAAAGGAACUGGCUAUUUCUUUGUUCUUCAGCCUAAGGUGAUAGAUGGAACCUUAUGUAGCCCAGAUUCCACUUCAGUAUGUGUCCAGGGGCAAUGCGUAAAAGCUGGAUGUGAUCGAAUCAUUGACUCCAGUAAAAAGUUUGAUAAAUGUGGCGUUUGUGGAGGCAAUGGAUCUACCUGCAAGAAAGUGUCAGGAAUGCUGUCAAGUUCCAGGCCUGGUUAUCAUGAUGUUAUUGUGAUCCCUGCUGGGGCAUCGAAUGUAGAAGUUAAGCAACGAAAUCAUAGGGGUGCAAGACAGGAUGGCAGCUUUCUUGCUAUUAAAGCUGUUGACGGCACUUAUAUUCUCAAUGGUGACUAUACGCUAUCAACACUGGAGCAAGACAUUACCUAUAAAGGCAGUGUUUUGAGAUACAGUGGCUCAUCUGCCUCUCUGGAAAGAAUUCGUAGCUUUAGUCCAUUGAAGGAGCCCUUAACAAUACAGGUCCUUACUGUAGGCGAUUCAUUUCGACCUAAAAUCAAAUACACCUAUUUUGUGAAGAAAUCGAUACAUUCAGGAACUGAGAAGCCUUCCAGUAAGAAGACUGAAUCUUUCAAUGCAAUCAAGGAGACAAUUUUAUCUGAAUGGAUUAUUGAAGAAUGGGGAGAGUGUUCUAAGUCGUGUGGUACUGGUUGGCAGAGGAGAUCUGUAGAAUGUAGAGACCUUAAUGGACAACCUGCCACAGGCUGUGCAAAAGAACUCAAGCCAAGUGAUGUCCGACCAUGUGCAGACACACCAUGCCCACGGUGGCAGCUGGGGGACUGGUCACCAUGUUCUAAAACAUGCGGAAAAGGUUUCAAGAAGAGAUUGUUAAAGUGCACUUCCUUUGAUGGUGCCAUUUUGUCACACGAAAGCUGUGACCUUUCAAAAAAGCCUAAACAUUUAAUAGACUUUUGCAAUAUUUCAAACUGCAGCUAAACCAUAACAGGUUGGGAAAGCUAAAAAAAAAUAUAUUCCCAGACCAAAGCACUGAAAAUGUGGGUGAGAGGUAGCCAUUGUAAUUUGUAUGGCAAAUCCAGUGGAUUCACUGAAAUGGGACAGUGCAAAUAAUGUUAGAUAGUGUUGAAUCAUGAAAAAAAAAUAUCCUGUCAACUGAAAAUCCGAUAAAAUGACAAACUAGUCACUAGCUAUUUCAUUUUCAGCAGAUAAGGCCUGAGGCAUUACAAUUUCCUCCUCUUAGACUGUUACAAGUUAAACAAAACAUAGGCAGUGGCCAAAGCAAGUUUAAACAAACAUUUUGAUGCUUUAGUAAGGAUUGGGGGGGGGGGGAGGUUUCGGUCUUUUUUUUUCUUCAGGAGUUUGUGUUGUGGUACUGAUAAAAUCUCCUUCUUGGUCAAAGUCGGGGAGGGAAAGACAGGUUUUCUCUAAGCUUAAUUAUUCAUCAGGUCUUGGCUACCUCACAAAGAGCAACAAAACCACAGUAUUUGAGAAGAAUCUUCAAUUAUAUUGUUCAUGGCUGCUAUCAUUUAGAGUAUAGUUUUUAUAUAACAGUAAAGUGAUAUUCUCCAUCAAGAAGCAAACAGCUACAAUGAUGGCUUGCUUGUUAAAUCUCCUGAUGACUAGAAUGUAGUGCUUUUGAUUUAAUGAGAUGUCUUUUUCUUGCAGCUGGCAAUGCUCAGCCUACAGACUUAGAAUGGUAGCAAUUCCAAAGCCACGUGCCAUUAUCAUUGGUCUUGUCUUGUGCUCCUUUUUCAUGCUUCAUUUGCUCCAAAGGACACCAGCGAAACCAAGUUUGGAGCACACCUAUGUGUCUGGCUUCUUUGUGAAAGCUGAUUCAGCUUUUCUAACAUGCUGCCAUUUGCGUUACAGUAAUGGUCAUAAUUUUGCUAAGAUACAGCCUACCGCAGCCUUUCUCAACCUGGUGCCCUCCAAGUGUUUUGGACUUCAGGUCCUAUCAGCCCCAGCCAGCAUGGCAAAUGGCCAGGAAUUCUGCAACUUAUAUUCCAAAACAUGUAGUGGGCACCAGGCUGGGGAAGACUGGCCUACCACAUGCUGGUUAGCAAUAUGCAAAUAGAUAAAUCCCAGUAUGAACGGAACAUCUCUUAAUACAUGAGCACCCAACAACUUUACACUGCUCAAAUCACUUCUAAGGCAGGGAAGAUUUAAGCUGAGGGAUAGCAGGUCCAUCCACAGCAGUAUGCCAAUACCACAUAUUUAUGUGCUAGUCCAUAGACUGAGAGGUAUGGGCUCUCCAUGUGUAUAUAGUAAAAUAUAUUACUAUAGAGGAUACAUACUUCAUAAGUAUUUAAAUUCUUUUCCUUCUGAGAAGGGAUGUAAUUGGUAAUAAAUGCAUAUAAUGAACCUAUUUAUUUUUAUAUUUCUUGUCUAAUAUGAUCUCCUAAGUUAUCACUUUUUUAAAAGAAAGACGUAUAACAAGGAUAGAGUAUUUAUGCAAUAUAAUAUGAUACUAGAGACAAUAAACACUAUGAAUUUUAGAGAUGGUGUGUGUGUUUUUAUUCAUUCAUGUAGACAUUAAU